ACAGCAAGGAAGCCCUGAAGUUUUUCUCCUUUACCCAACUGGAGGAAUUUCUUGGCUUGGUGCACGGGUGCCAGUUCUCUGGAUUUGUGGCACAGAAUCUGGACUUUUGACUCGGACCCAAAACUAAUGAGGAAGAAAAGAAUGGACAAAUUACUCCAAAAGACACUACCCAGGCUGUUUCUGUUAUCAUUGCUUUAUACCAUCAUUCAAGCCAACAGAGCUAACCGCUGCCUGGCUUCCAGUGCAAAAAGUUGCACUGAGUGUAUCCGAGUGAGCAAGGACUGCUCUUAUUGCACUGAUGAGAACUUCAAACGGGCCCGCUGUGAUUUCAAAGACAAUCUAAUGAGAUAUGGUUGCAGUGAGGGGAGCAUAGUAUUCAUGAAAGGAGAAAUGCUAACAAUACAGGAAUUUAGUAUUGAUACAUCUCUGAAGAAAACACAAGUAUCCCCACAGAAUAUAGCAAUGAGACUGAGAGCUGGUGAGGAAGCUAGCUUUAGCAUGGAUGUGUUUGAGCCCCUUGAAUCUCCUGUGGACCUCUACAUCCUCAUGGACUUUUCCUAUUCCAUGUCUGAUGACUUGAACAACUUGAAAAAAAUGGGCCAACAACUAGCAAAUUUCUUGAGAGAUCUGACUGCUGACUAUACUAUUGGCUUUGGCAAGUUUGUGGAUAAAGUUACAGCCCCACAGACAGACAUGAGGCCUACAAGACUGCGUGAGCCCUGGCCUGAUGCUGACCCUCCCUUCUCCUUUAAGAAUGUCAUCCGCCUGACUCAUAAUAUUGAUAAAUUCAGUGAUGAGUUAAUGAAGGAGCGCAUCUCAGGCAACCUAGACCCCCCAGAAGGUGGAUUUGACGCCAUAUUGCAAACAGCUAUUUGUAAGGAGAAUAUUGGCUGGCGCAAUGACAGCACUCAUCUGCUGGUGUUCUCCACUGAGUCUGCCUUCCAUUAUGAAGCUGAUGGUGCCAAUGUCCUUGCUGGAAUUCUGAGGAGGAAUGAUGAAAGGUGUCACCUGAACAGAGAAGGCACUUACACCUUUGACACCAAGCAGGAUUACCCUUCUGUGCCUACCCUUGUUCGACUGCUGGGACAGAGCAACAUCAUCCCCAUAUUUGCUGUCACCAACCAUUCUUAUGAUUACUAUGAGAAGCUGCACACGUAUUUCCCAAUAUCUGAAAUUGGAAGGCUGCAAGAAGAUUCCUCCAAUAUUGUGGAACUGAUUCGGGUGGCUUUUGAGCAUAUUCGUUCCAAACUGGAUAUCCGGGCUUAUGACACCCCCAAGGCUAUGAAAACAGAAAUAACAUCCAUGAAGUAUGAAAAGACAGAGUCUGGUUCAUUCCAGAUAGUUCGUGGUGAAGUGGGAACAUUUAAUGUUCGUGUGAAAGCCCAUGAGCAAGUGGGUGGACAGCAUGUCUGCGAUCUUCCAGAGAAAGACCGGAAAGGAGUUAUUCAUGUUAAGCCCUCCUCCUUCAGUCACAAAAUGGACAUUGAUGCCACAGUCAUUUGUGAUGCCUGCCCAUGUGAAAAGCAACAGGAAGUUAAUUCUGUUAGGUGCAAUUUCAAUGGGAACUUUGUCUGUGGACAGUGUGUUUGUAAUCCAGGCUGGCGUGGAGAAGUCUGUAACUGCUCUACCUCUUCCUCUACUGACAAUGCAGCUUGUAUAAGACCUGGAGAUAUAGAGCCUUGUUCAGGCCGUGGGGAAUGUUUGUGUGGGGAGUGCCAGUGCUAUUCUGAAGAUAUGACCCAGCGCUUUGAGGGACAGUUUUGUGAAUUUGACAACUUACAAUGUCCCCGCACAUCUGGAUUCCUCUGUAAUGACCGAGGACGCUGCUACAUGGGUCAGUGCGCAUGUGAAAGUGGUUGGGAAGGACCUGGCUGUGAAUGUCCCACAAGCAAUGAAACUUGCAUUACUAGCAAUGGGAUGAUCUGCAAUGGACGUGGGAGAUGUGAAUGUGGCAGGUGCAUCUGUAAUAACCCCACUCCCUUCACUGGACCCACCUGCGAAAUCAGUGACUUGGGCUUUUCACGGGUAUGCAGAGAAGAUUUUCGAACCUGUGUUCAGUGCCAAGCUUGGGGAACUGGUGAGAAGAAGGGAAAUAAAUGUUCAGACUGCCCUUUUAGGAUCCGACUAGUGGACGAAUUGCAGCAAGAGAAGGAUAUAAAUACAGUUUGUUCCUUCCAAGAUGAAGAGGAUGACUGCAUUUACCGCUAUGCCAAAAUAGAGGAUGCCAGCCCAGAAAACAAUGGCACUGUUUUUGUACAAAGGAAGAAAGAGUGCCCACCAGGAAGCUUUCUUUGGCUUAUCCCCUUGCUCAUUUUGCUGAUGCUUCUCCUGGGACUUAUGUUGUUGCUGUGUUGGAAGUUCUGUGCUUGUUGCAAGGCUUGUCUGGCUCUGCUACCCUGUUGUGCACGAGGUCGUACAGUUGGUUUCAAGGAGGAUCACUAUCUGCUCAGGCAGAGUCUCAUGACUUCAGAUCACUUGGAUACUCCUAUGGUGCGCAGCGGUAACUUGAAAGGCAGAGACACAGUCCACUGGAAAAUAAAGAAUAAUGUGCACAAGCAAGAUUUCUCUUCUUUACCUCCCAAUCCUGGGGACCUGGUUCCAUAUGGCCUGUCCCUCAGAUUGGCCCGGCUCUUCACACCAAACCUUGCAAAACCACAUAGCCGUGAAUGUGAGCAAUUGCAGAAGGAGGUGGAAGAGAAUCUGAAUGAAGUUUAUAGAACUAUCCCAGGUGCCCACAAAUUCCAGCAGACAAAAUUCAGGUUACAGCCAAAUUCUGGGAAAAGACAGGAUCACACAAUUGUGGAUACAGUACUCCCUGCUCCUCGCUCAGCUAAGAAUGAGAUUGUGAAAGUGACAGAGAAGCAUGUCACACAAGAGGCUUUCAAUGAUCUGAAAGUGGCCCCUGGUUACUAUACUGUAAUUGCUGAUCAAGAUGCCAAUGGCCUAGUAGAGUUUCAGGAAGGUGUGGAGCUUGUGGAUGUCCGGGUUCCUCUCUUCAUCAGGGAAGAGGAUGAUGAUGAAAAGCAGCUGCAGGUGGAGGCUACCGAUGUACCUGUGGGAACUGCAGAGAUUGGGCGCAGACUGGUGAACAUCACCAUAAUAAAAGAGCAAGCCAACAGCAUCAUCAGCUUCCUGCAGCCAGAAUAUUCGUAUAGCCGCUUUGACAAGCUGGCUAAGAUCCCUGUUGUUCGUGAGAUAUUGGACAAUGGGAAGUCCCAGAUAACCUACAGGACACGAGAUCUCACUGCCCAGGAAGGCAAAGAUUAUGAUUUUGCAGAGGGUGACUUGGUCUUCCUACCUGGGGAGAAGCGAAAGGAAGUGCAGGUGAAAUUGCUGGAGCUGACAGAGAUAGAUGCUCUUCUUCACAAUCGGCAGCUGAAGCAGUUUGCAGUAGAUCUGUUCAACCCCAGGUUUGGUGCAAAGGUUGGCAAAUAUCCACAGACCAUGGUGACCAUUGCUGAUCCAGAAGCUGUAGAUGGUAUACCAGCAGCAGUAGGCUUAGGUCAACUUCAGCAGUCUCCCAGAGGCACACUUGGAGCACCCCUCAAUCCAAAUGCACAAGCAUUAAGCUCUAGGAAGAUCCGCUUCAACUGGUUACCUCCACCUGGCAAACCUGCAGGAUAUAAGGUGAAAUACUGGAUCCAAGGAGACCCUGAAUCGGAGGCCCAUCUGCUUGAUUCUAAAGUGCCAUCUGCAGAAUUGACUAACCUGUACCCCUACUGUGAUUAUGAGAUGCAAUCCUGUGCUUACAAUGCCCUGGGUGAGGGGCUUUACUCUGAAGUGGUGCACUGCCGCACACUGGAGGAAGUUCCUAGUGAGCCUGGACGUUUGGCUUUCAACGUAGUCUCCUCCACAGUGACACAGCUGAGCUGGGCUGAGCCUGCUGAGACUAAUGGGGUGAUCACAGCUUAUGAAGUCGGCUAUGGGCUUGUCAAUGAGGAAAACCGACCCAUUGGGCCAGUGAAGAAAGUCAUGGUAGAGGACCCCAAAAAGCGGAUGGUUCUAAUUGAAAACUUGAGGGAAUCGCAGCCAUAUCGCUAUACAGUGAAGGCCAAGAAUGGAGCUGGAUGGGGCCCUGAAAGAGAAGCCACUAUUAAUCUGGCCACACAACCUAAGCGCCCUAUGUCAAUUCCCAUCAUACCUGAUGUGCCCAUAAUUGAUGCUGAAGGAGGAGAAGACUAUGACAGCUAUCUAAUGUACAGUGCAGAUGUCAUGCGCUCACCAGCUGGUAGCAAACACCCCAGUGUCUCGGAUGAUUCUGGCUCUCGGUGGAAAUAUGUGCAGCUGCUGGGGGACGAGCUGGACCUUCGACACGUCGCCUGGAGGCUCCCAGCAGAACUGAUCCCUCGUUACUCGGACAGCAGCUGCUUUUCCUCGGACACAGAGGGUCUCCUCCAGGAGGAUAGCACCUCCUCUGUGCUAGUCGGCAGUGAUGCACCUAUCGGCAGUUUGCCAAGGAGUGGGACUCCCCGGCCCCAACCAGAACACAUCAUGAAUGGCCGAAUGGAUUUCACUUACCCUGGCAGUGUUGGCAGCCUGACUCGGAACACAACGUCCAGUUACAACCAUCUAAGUCCACACAUGUACCAUGAAAGAAGAGUAAUAGGAAAUUCAUCUCUGACAAGAGAGUACACCUCAGUGGUAUCUGGACAUGACCAGCCCAGAAAGAUAUUUCCUCCCAUAUAUGAAGAUGCUGGGAGGACGGUCCUGAUGCCACAGGAUGUGGUCUUUAGGAGGGCAAGGGUGAAGGGUUACUGUGGCGACAGUGAUGCUCGGGAUUCUAUAGUCAUGACUGAUGGGCCCUCUUGGAUUUCCAAAUACCUAGAUUCCAAGAUGCAACAGGGUGUUCCUGACACCCCAACCCGCUUAGUGUUCUCAGCCCUGGGGCCUACCUCUCUGAAAGUCAGCUGGCAGGAGCCACACUGUGACAAACAAUUGCAAGGAUACAGCGUACAAUACCAGCUCCUCAGUGGAGGAGAAAUACGGAGGUUGACUAUUCCCAGUCCCACUCAGAAUUCUGUGGUGGUGGAUGACCUGCUGCCAAACCACUCCUAUGUCUUCAAGGUGAAGGCCCAAAGUGAUGAAGGAUGGGGUCCAGAGAGAGAAGGGGUGAUCACUAUUGAGUCACAAGUGGAUCCACGCAGUCCUCUGAGUCCUGUUCCAGGUUCACCAUUUACCCUGAGUACACCCAGUGCUCCUGGGCCUUUGGUGUUCACUGCCCUGAGUCCAGACUCUCUUCAGUUGAGCUGGGAAAGACCUCGCCAACCCAAUGGCUUAAUUUUAGGCUACCUGGUCACCUGUGAGACACUGCAUGGUGGAGGAGAACCCAGAAAUAUCUAUGUGGAAGGGGACAACCCAGAGACCACCCUGACAGUUCCCUACCUGAGUGAAAAUGUUCCAUAUAAGUUCAAAGUGCAAGCAAAGACCACUCAGGGUUUUGGACCAGAAAGAGAGGGUAUUAUCACCAUUGAAUCUCAAGAUGCAGGUGCAUUCUCUCAAUUUGGAACACAACAGUUCACCAGAGAAGAAGUAUACAGUCUCCCCACAGAAUACAGCACCCUCACUAGUAUCACUCCUUCCCCACUGGAUCCUUUAUACACAGAUGGCAUGCUGAUGACCACUCAGAGGGUGGAGAGUGGCAGUACUCUCACCAAACAGGUCACCCAAGAAUUCGUCUCCAGAACCAUGAUGUCUAACAGCAGUGGGACAUUCUCCAGACAGACAGACAGGCAAUUCUAUGAAGCUUGAGUCAGGAAGGAAGCUGCAAAAGGAUCUUUGUAUUUUUGUAAGUGUGUGGUUGCAAGUAGGCUGGCUAUAUGGUUCACUUCCAGACUCUGAGGCACAUGGCAUAUGCUGCAUUGCAUUAGUUCUCAAAGCAAUGGAAGUUCAUUUUGAAAUGCCACUGGAUGGAGGCUGCAUGCAGCCCAGGUGGUUAUCUGGGACAUUAUGAAAGGGGCUUUUAGCAGGAUGCUUGGCUACCAAGGGCUUUUGGUUCUGUUUUCAGUCAUGUUUUUGACCAUUUCAUGUUUUGCUUUUAGCUGCUCUUUCCUGCACAGGACUGAAUUGGUUUCUAAAUUCCUACCUCCCACCAUAUCUUUCUGGUUGUACUAAUUAUUUUAUUUUGAUCUAUACCCAAGUCUUCAGGAAGAGCCCACUCCACCAUUCUCCAUGUUUCCAGGCAUAUCCCCUUCCCAUGAACACCCUUAACACUUCCAUUCUCCUCUCCCCCCCCCCCAAAAA